ACUAUUUUUCUACUUAGGUUUUUUCUUUUGAUUUUAAAAGAAAUUAAAAUUAACACAUUUUUAUCAGUCCAUAUAAAUCCCGGGGUCCUCGUGGCCAGUGGGACUGCAUCUCCUGGGCAGGUCUUAUUUCCUUAAACCUCAUAAAGAAAAUGGCCAGGACCUCUCCCUGCUCCUUAGCAGAAGACAGCUCUCCUCUACCCGCUACUUGAGGGACGAUUCUCCACUCACAUUCUACCUGCAGGACCACACCUGAAAAGAUAGGGAGGGGAGCGAGAGUGGGUUCUGGACUCAGCAUACUGUUCUAAGAUCUCCAGUCCACAUUUGCCUCUCACCAGGUGCGUGAGCACAUACACGUUGCUGAGAGUCUCUGGGGUUCAGUUUCUUCAACCUGCAACUGAGAAUGCUGGGCAAACGCUUAAGAUCUCAAAAGUUGAAUAGCAAAGCUCUCUGGCAGGAGAGGCCGCUCCUCCCCCGGAGCAGCAGAGACGUGGAGUUGCGGGGACUGGGGACCCGGCAGACCCGGAAGGCUGUGGAGGCGCGAGCCGCGUAGGUCCCGUCCGCGGGUUUGUGCAGAUUUGCGGGGCGCGUUUUUUCUUAGAAAACACUCCUCGGCUCCGGGUCUGCCAAGGAACUCCGCUGGGCGCCGGAGAAGGGGCUCCCUACGUCCUGGGCCGAUUCCGCAGACGGCUCCGGCGAGUGUCCUGAGUCUCGGGUCGCGCGGGUGGCUCUCUGGUGCCCAAGCGGCCGGGCGCGGGGAGGCGGGGCGUCUGGGCGGCCGGGGCGGGGCGCGCGGCGUCGUUCCGGGAGACCGGCUCGCUGCGCGGUUCUUGGUGCUGCGGGCCGACGACCACCAUGCUCAGCGUCGUGCACUUCCUCAGGAGCUUCUUUAAGACUCCAGAGCCAAGUGCACACCUGUCAAGUGAAGGUGAGACUGAAGACAAUCAGCGCUCAUCUUCUCCCACCAAACCAGAGGAACCGGGAUGGAGCCAGGCAACAGACUACGAUGAUUUUGAGACAGUGUCCCACCAGAGUGAAAGUCAAUCAGACACAAAAACGGACUCCUUUGAAAGUGCUUCUGACAUAGAGUCCCUGCCUGGUGACCUCCUCAGGGGAAUCUGCCUCCCUCCAGGUGGGACCUCCAAGGGCAGAGGAGCAUUCCGAGGAUGCCCUGACAUUCUAGCAACUGGAUGCCCUCAGAAGCAGCCUUCCACAGGUAUCCCUGGGCUUGACCCAAAGGAAGAACUAGAUCUGUGCCCUGACUUAAAGGAGGAGUUUUACGAAAGUGGGUUCGAAGUCUUUGCCGCAGUUGCUGGAGAAGUGAGGGCCUUGCACCUCUGGGAGGACGUGGCCAGCCCAGAGCAAGAGUCACUUUGGGCCAGGGCUGCUCAUCCUGCAAAGGGCUCCUUGCAGGGGGCCACCAGCAGCUACGGCCUCCUGCCAGCGAAGGUGGGGACCAUACAAGACCUCAGGAGGUCCCCUGUUUUUUCUCUUCAGAAAUCCAGAUCUGAGAGUUAUCUGGGCGUCCCGGUGGUCUGGCCCUUCCUUCUCCGGUGCUGUGAACAGGGCUGGAGCUGGCCGCAUAUCCACAACAGGGACAGGGGACCCCAGCUGCCUCUCAGAGGCCCACUGGACAGCACAGCUCCUCUGCAAGCCAGGACAGGGAAGGGGAGGCCUCCAGGUCCUGCAGUGAACACAGGCUUGCUCUGCUCCCAGCUGGGUUUUGAUGGCCCCUGCCAGCUUCCUUUAGGGACAUCUUGCCCCCUACAGGCCAAGCUUUGCCAUAGCACCCCAGAAAAUAUUGAUAACAAAGGCACAGCAUGCCCAAGGCUCCGCAGUUGGCACAGGAGGACAUUGCAGAGGGCCCAUUCCAUAGCAGAGUUUCCAUUAAGAUACCCUGAAGAUCCUCUGGGGCCAAACUUGGCAAAGGUUGGAACCCAUGCGAAGGAAGGGACAGAAGCAGAAGGAGCUCUCAGAACACACAACCCUCUUCACCCCAUUUCCACCCAACUUUCUGGUUUGCUCCCUACUUCCCAAAGGAAGACUCCUCCUUUGGAGGAUCAAUACAAACCCAGUGCUCUUAGCUGGAAAAGGGCCUCUGAGGACACACCCUCUAAACCUCUCUGGCUGGAAAACCAGUUAGGACUGGAUUCUGGGUCCUGCCCAGUCUCUUCAUGCCUCACUGAGGAGCUGGUGAGCCUCCACGCAGAGGAGGUACCGGUGCUGGCAGAGUGCAAGUCAGGACACAGCCCAGAAAGCAGACCAGAGGAACCCCAAGGCGCUGGCCUGGCACCAAAUGCUGACAAUGUGAGUGAUAAACAGAAGCAGCUUCAGGACAUUUCUGUUGAGGCAGGAAACCAAACCAGUAAUUACACAUCAAAGUAUGUCCUCAGUGAGAAGAGAAAGUCACCUGCUAGGGCCCAGUUCCCACAUCACCCCAGCAGUAGCAGGUCACCGGUGUGGAACAGAGACUGGAGGGUUUGCGCUGGAGUGAGCAAUGGGUCAGACACUCCAGAGACCACUCUGAAAUCAAAUGCAACACAGACUUCCAAGGCAGCAGAAGGCGUGAUGGUUCCAGACCCCAACUUCAGGAAAAAUGCCUUUCAGGAUUUUUCAGGAAUCGCAGCAACCACCAUGUCUCACUGCAGCUGUGGGGAUGGGGAGUGUGACCAGGGGCUCGAGGGUGGUGCCCUACCCUUUGCAGAGGGCCUCCAGUUAGAGCCCAAAGCAUCUUCCGAGGGUGCGCUCAUUAUAGCGGUUGAGAAGAAAGGGCUGCAGGCCACCAGGAGGAAAGUGAGUCCUCUUCCAGAAACCCAGUUCUGUGAGUUUCUGGAGGAAACACCAGGGUCUCCCCGAAGUGCUGGAGCCACCCCCCCGUUUCCCGGGGCUGGGAAACCGAAAACUAGUGGCAAUGAGUGUGAACUGCUGGCAGGCCGCAGACCACAGGGUGACCCCGGGGAUCUUCAGCAGGUGGCCCAAGCCGUACAGUCUGGGAUAGUACUGAUCCCCCAAGCUGCUUCAGAAAACAGGCCCCCGGGCCGGAAAGAGCCCUGUUCCCAGGAGCGCGCUGGGGGCGUGCUGAGCACAGGGGCGCCUACAAAAGAGAACCCCCUGGGGAGAGCCAGAGCUCCAGAAUCCGAGAGCCCAGGGAGGAAGCUGCUACAGCGCCUGAGGCUAGGGGCCUUCACUUGGCAAGGAGCAAAGAGACACCGAGCCCUGAGGUCAGGCGAGGGGUGCGAACAGAAGAAGGCAGCGCCGAGAUAUGGCCAGGCUCCCAAGCCCCCGCCCACACCCGAGCGCUCCGGCUCUCCGGACAGUCCCGCCGGUUCGGCCAGGCUUCACGGGAGCCCAGUAAGCUCCUGGCAUUUCCCAAGGUGACCCCCUUACGGAAAAGCAA